AUGUCGGGCAUAUCCGAGAAUCCCAUCACCGUGGAUGGUAUCGCCGACGUUGUCAACGCUGCCACUCCGGCCUCACAGGCUCUGGUUUUGAGUCGAAAUUCCAGGUCUCCUCAAGGUCUACGAAAGUACCUUUACUCGGCCCUGGUUGGAUCCGUGGCCAUCUUGACGACCUUGUACCAGACCGGCACAGGACUGUCCCUGUUUGGACCUAGGUUCGAAGCCACCGACUACGCUGGCAGGACCAAACAUGUCUUGUCGACGACACCACUCAUCGACGGUCACAAUGACCUCCCUUACAUCCUCCGACAAGAGUUGAAGAAUAGAAUCUACGAUCCUCGCUUCGACUUUCGAGGCCACCUGUUGAGUCACACCGACCUGAGCAAGAUCCGUACCGGUCAACUCGGUGGACAAUUCUGGUCGGUUUAUAUUGAAUGUGCCGCGGAGGGUGUCCCUCAACUUGAAGAACCGACGUGGAUCGUUCGAGAUACACUUGAACAGAUUGAUGUGAUUAAGCGACUCAUCUCACAACAAUCGAAUGAUUUACAAUUUUGUACCACACCAGUUUGUGUCAGAGAGGCUUUUGCCGCUGGUAAGAUAGCUAGUAUGAUUGGUAUCGAGGGAAGUCAUCAAAUAGGGAAUUCCAUAGCCACUCUACGACAAAUGUUCGAAUUGGGAGCCCGGUACAUGACCAUCACUCACAAUUGCGACACACCUUUCGCGACCGCCGCCACCACGGUGGCCGAAGGGGGAGCUGACCGUGGCCUGACCCCUCUCGGACAGAAUCUGAUCGAAGAGAUGAACAGACUCGGCAUGCUCGUCGAUCUGUCACACGUUUCUCCCGAGACGAUGCGUGAUGCUUUACGGGUGACUCGGGCUCCCGUCAUGUUUUCACAUUCGGGAGCCUUUGGUAUGACGAGACACUUGAGGAACGCCCCGGACGACGUCCUCUUGAGCUUGAAAUCCAACGGCGGUGUCAUCAUGGUUCCAUUUGUCGGUCCUUUUCUCAACAAGGAGCACCCAGAGGACGCGAGCAUCCACGACGUGGCAGAUCAGAUCUUGUACAUUGCAAACUUGAUCGGUUGGGAUCAUGUCGGGAUCGGGUCUGACUUUGAUGGUACAACCGACCUGGCUAGAGGAUUAGAGGACACUUCCAAAUAUCCGGAAUUGAUUCAACUCUUGAUGAAACGUGGGGCGACCGACCGACAGAUCCGUCUUCUCGCGGGAGACAACAUCCUCAGAGUUUGGGGUCAAGUCGAAAAGUACGCUCAAAAGGCACGACGACAGUCCAAACUUCCCGUCGAGGUCGUGUGGGAAGGAAGGAAAUGGUUCCACGGGCACGACUCGGAUUUACCUCUUAUGUUUCGUGACAGUAAAAAGGAGAGAAGGGAUAGUUUUUGAGUAUGACUAGUAGACAAGUUGGAGCUCUAGAUUAGAGGUCUAGUCAGUACGGAGUAGAGGGCAAUAGUAUCUUGCUCGUACGGAGUACGUCUCCGUAUAAG